AUGCCAGCAGAAGAUGCAUUUUGGCUUCUUGUGGCUACAAUUGAUGGAUAUAUGAACGACUAUUAUACACCCACCUUAGCACAAAUACGUAUUGAUGCUUUUAUAUUUGAAAAACUUUUAGCCGAACAUGACCCUAAAUUAUCAAAACAUUUGGCUGAUAAUGAUAUAAUUCCAUUAAUUUAUAUGACACAAUGGUUUAUGACAUUGUUUACAAUGGCAUUACCGUGGGCAUCGGUAUUACGAAUUUGGGAUAUAUUUUAUUUUGAGGGCACAAACCUAUUUUUUAGAGUAGGAUUGGCAAUGUUAGAUUGUGUUCGUGAUCACAUUCUUAAGAAUUGUCCAACAAGUUCGGAAAUUUUAUCGUUUAUAUUACACAUCCCACAUGAAUUGUUAACACCAGAUCCACUUUUGGAGGCAAUAUUUAAAAUCAAAUUAAAAGCUAGUGUAAUUAAAAAAUUGACUAAAAAAGCAGCAAAGAUUGAAUUAGAAAAAGAAAACAAUAAUAGCAGCAGCAGCUUGUCAGCAAAUAAAAACAACACUGAUAUUACUAGUUCUAGUAAAAAAUCAAAACAAUCUAAAAGUUCAGGAAAUGCAAAAAUAAAAUUUAAAUUAGUUGGUGAAUCAUUUAUCAUAACUUUUGGAAAAGCUGGUGAUGGUAAUGGUGAAGUUGAUGAAUUUUGUGAGAUAGGAGAUGCACUUCUUAGUGAAAGUUGGCCAUUAUAUGAGAUUUGA